UGUUUGGAUACCUGGUUGUAUGUCGAGGGUGCUUUCCUUCUUUACCUAUUUUAUUGCCUACCAGAAUGUCAAAAUAUAGGGUAUGCUGUGGGCAUACUGAGCUUGGUUGCCGAGUUGGUGACCCUCGUGAAAAUAUUUAA